GUUUAGUACUUACAGCUAAAUGAUAGCUAAGUGGCGAUAUUAUAGACAACGCUUCAUAAUUUUUGUAGAAAAGAUUCCAGAACAGGAAAAACUGUUUGGGAAUGGUGGAUAUAGAGUUAUUUUUUAAAUUAUGGGGCAAAGCCCUUGGAUGACCUUUGAUGAAGAACAUGAACUAGUUGGAUGGGGAGAGUUCCAUUAUAGUCCUUGGUUUAUAAUCAUUCUAAAGAAGAACAUUGAAAUUUGGAAAAAAAUGUUAGAAACUAUAGACAAAAAUCGGGCCCUGCAGGCAGCAGAGCGCUUGCAGGCCAAGCUGCGGGAACGUGGGGAUGCAGCAAAUGAAGACAAACUGAACCUUCUCAAGUCAGUGCUGCAGAGCCCGCUCUUCAGCCAGAUUCUGAACUUUCAGACUUCCAUACAGCAGCUGAAAGACCAGGUAAACAUUGCAACUUCAACAAUUUCAAAUGUCGAGUAUGGUCACAUUCCGCAUCUCAGCCCAGGUGUAAUUCCUACUCUACAAAAUGAAUCAUUUUUAUCAUCCCCAAAUAAUGGAAAUCUGGAAGUUCUUACAGGAUUCGGUACUGCACAUAUCAAUGGGAAACCUGCUUGUGAUGAAUUUGAUCAACUGAUCAAAAAUAUGGCCCAGGGUCGCCAGAUAGAAGUUUUUGACCUCCUCAAACCUCCAUGUGGAGGCCUUGGGUUCAGUGUGGUGGGACUGAGGAGUGAAAACCGGGGAGAGCUGGGUAUAUUUGUGCAGGAGAUCCAGGAGGGCAGUGUGGCCCACAGAGAUGGAAGAUUGAAGGAAACUGACCAAAUCCUUGCUAUUAAUGGACAGGCACUUGAUCAGACAAUUACACAUCAGCAGGCCAUCAGCAUCCUGCAGAAAGCCAAAGAUACUGUCCAGCUGGUUAUUGCCAGAGGCUCAUUGCCUCAGCUUAUCAGCCCUAUAGUUUCCCGUUCUCCAUCUGCGGCGAGCACAAUUUCAGCUCAUUCUAACCCGGUUCACUGGCAGCAUGUGGAAACCAUUGAAUUGGUCAAUGAUGGUUCUGGUCUGGGCUUUGGCAUCGUAGGAGGAAAAGCAACUGGUGUGAUUGUGAAGACCAUUCUGCCUGGAGGUGUAGCUGAUCAGCAUGGGCGAUUAUGCAGUGGAGACCACAUCCUGAAGAUUGGUGAUACAGAUCUAGCAGGGAUGAGCAGUGAGCAGGUAGCCCAAGUCCUCAGACAGUGUGGAAACAGAGUGAAGCUGAUGAUUGCAAGAGGUGCCAUUGAAGAGCCCACAGCACCUACCUCUUUGGGCACCACCCUUUCCUCAUCCCCAGCUUCUACGCCAGAAAUGCGGGUUGAUGCUUCAACUCAGAAAAGUGAAGAAAGUGAGACGUUUGACGUAGAGCUCACUAAAAAUGUCCAAGGAUUAGGAAUUACCAUUGCAGGAUACAUUGGAGAUAAAAAAUUAGAACCUUCAGGGAUCUUUGUUAAGAGCAUUACAAAGAGCAGUGCUGUGGAACAUGAUGGAAGAAUCCAAAUUGGAGACCAAAUUAUAGCAGUAGAUGGCACAAACCUUCAGGGUUUUACCAAUCAACAAGCAGUGGAGGUGUUGCGACACACGGGGCAGACUGUGCACCUGACGCUCAUGAGAAGAACUAAGCAGGAUGCUGAACUGGCGUCGCGGGAGGACGUCACAAAAGACGCAGUUUUGUCUCCUGUUAAUGCAAAUGUUAGCAAAGAUAAUUAUCAAGAAGAUGAAGAUUCUUUAUCUCUGAGGAGAAACGCCAGCAUAUUACCAAUUGAAGAAGAAGGUAAACACACGGAACCAGUGUCAGCUGAGAGAGAAGAAAUAGAAGAUGCUCAACAACAGGAAGCUGCCCUGCUGACCAAGUGGCAAAGGAUUAUGGGGAUUAAUUAUGAAAUUGUGGUGGCUCGUGUGAGCAAGUUCAGCGAGAACAGCGGGUUGGGGAUAAGUCUGGAAGCAACAGUAGGCCAUCAUUUUAUUCGAUCUGUCCUCCCGGAAGGUCCUGUUGGACACAGUGGGAAGCUUUUCAGUGGAGAUGAGCUGUUGGAAGUGAAUGGCAUAACUCUACUUGGGGAGAAUCACCAGGAUGUGGUGACUGUUUUGAAAGAGCUGCCCAUAGAGGUGGCAAUGGUGUGCUGCCGUCGAACGGUGCCACCCGCUGCCCCGUCGGAGUUGGAGAGCCUGGACUUACGUGGCGUUGAACUAACAGAAAAGCCUCAUGUAGAUCUAGGUGAGUUCAUCGGGUGCUCGGAGACAGAGGAUCCUGUGCUGGCAAUGACUGAUGUGGGUCGGAAUGCAGAGGAAGUUCAAGGACCUUUGGCUAUGUGGGAAGCCGAUAUUCAGAACAUAGAGCUGGAGAAAGGGAGCCAAGGACUUGGUUUUAGCAUUUUAGAUUACCAGGAUCCAGUUGAUCCAGCAAGCACUGUGAUCGUCAUUCGUUCUUUGGUGCCUGGUGGAAUUGCCGAAAAGGAUGGACGACUUCUCCCUGGAGAUCGACUCAUGUUUGUCAAUGAUGUUAACUUGGAAAACAGCAGUCUCGAAGAAGCUGUCCAGGCCCUGAAGGGUGCACCAUCAGGAACUGUGAGAAUAGGAGUUGCCAAACCUUUGCCUCUGUCCCCAGAAGAGGGUUAUGUUUCUGCUAAGGAGGAUUCCUUUUUCUACCCGCCACAUUCCUGCGAGGAGGAAGGGCUGGCUGAUAAAGCCCUCUUCAGGGCUGACUUGGCUCUGGUGAACGCAAAUGAUGCUGACUUAGAUGAAUCUGCCUUUGAGUCUCAGUACUCUCCUGAUAAUGACAGUAUCUACUCCACUCAAGCCUCUCUUUUAUCUCUUCAUGGCAGUGCUUGUAGUGAUAACCUGAAUUAUGGUCCCUCCCUUCCAUCUUCUCCUCCCAAGGAUAUUACUGAAAGUUCCUCAGAUUCAGUACUUGAUCUGCAGAUGUCUUUGGAGGAGCUCUAUGCCCAAAAUCUCUUGCAAAGACAGGAUGAGAGUGCGCCUUCAGUGGACUUGAGCAUGGGGCCGGCUUCUGGCUUUACCAUGAAUGACUAUACACCUGCAAAUGCUAUUGAACAGCAGUAUGAAUGUGACGGCUUAAGAGCGUGGACUGAAUCUCACCUACCAAAUGAAGUUAUUUCAAGUGCAGAGCUGAAUUCUCCUGUGCUGACUGAUUCGACUGGAAAGGGCUCCAAGUUCUUAAUUCCACAAGGUUCCCUGGCCUCUGCUGCUGAGUGUGUCAUGCUCCAAAAUACACCCAGAGAAUCUUUCGAGAGGACUAUUGUGAUAGCAAAAGGCAACUCUAGCUUAGGAAUGACAGUAAGUGCUAAUAAAGAUGGCUUGGGGGUGAUUGUUCGAAGCAUUAUUCACGGAGGUGCCAUUAGCCGAGAUGGUCGGAUUGCUGUUGGGGACUGCAUCUUGUGUAUUAAUGAAGAAUCUACUAUCAGUUUAACCAAUGCCCAGGCACGAGCCCUGUUGAGAAGACAUUCUCUCAUUGGGCCUGACAUAAAAAUUACUUAUGUACCCGCAGAAUAUAUGGAAGAGUUCAAAAUAAGCUUGGGGCAGCAAUCUGGAGGAAUAAUGGCACUGGAUAUUUUUGCUUCCUACACUGGCAGAGACAUUCCGGAGCUACCAGAGCGAGAAGAAGGAGAGGGGGAAGAAAGUGACCUUCAAAAUGCAGCCUACAGCAACUGGAAUCAGCCUAGGCGGGUUGAACUUUGGCGAGAACCAAGCAAAUCCUUGGGCAUCAGCAUUGUUGGUGGACGAGGGAUGGGGAGUCGUCUAAGCAAUGGUGAAGUGAUGAGGGGCAUUUUCAUCAAACAUGUUCUUGAAGAUAGUCCAGCUGGCAAAAAUGGAACCCUGAAACCUGGCGAUAGAAUAGUAGAGGUGGAUGGCAUGGACCUCAGAGAUGCAAGCCAUGAACAAGCUGUGGAAGCCAUUCGGAAAGCAGGCAACCCUGUAGUCUUUCUGGUACAGAGCAUUAUAAACAGACCAAGGAAAUCCCCUUUGCCUUCCUUGCCGCACAACCUUUACCCUAAGUACAAGUUCAGCAGCACUAACCCAUUUGCUGAUUCUCUGCAGUUCAACGCUGACAAGGCAUUACAGAAAUCAAGUAGAGUUCUCUUCCGUUGUUCCCCAACUAAUCCUUUUGCUCCCACACCGUUUAAGGUGCCCAGUCAGUCAGAAUCAGAGCCAGAAAAGCCUCCUCUGUGCCACUCGCCUCCACCCCAGCCUCCAGUGUUGGCAGAAAUGAGUGGGGAUCACGCUCUGUCAUCUGCAAAUGAAACCUCAGAAGAUGUGGAUGAAGAGGAUGAGUUUGGUUACAGCUGGAAAAAUAUCAGAGAACGUUACGGAACCCUCACAGGCGAGCUCCACAUGAUUGAACUAGAGAAAGGUCGUAGUGGUUUGGGUCUGAGUCUUGCUGGGAACAAAGACCGAUCGAGGAUGAGUGUUUUUAUAGUGGGGAUUGAUCCAAAUGGAGCAGCUGGGAAAGAUGGUCAACUGCAGAUUGCAGAUGAGCUUCUAGAGAUCAAUGGUCAAAUUUUAUAUGGAAGAAGUCAUCAGAAUGCUUCAUCAAUCAUCAAAUGUGCCCCUUCUAAAGUAAAAAUAAUUUUUAUCAGAAAUAAAGAUGCGGUGAGUCAGAUGGCUGUAUGUCCUGGGCAUACAGUGGAACCCUUGCCUGCUACCUCGGAGAAUCUCCAAAAUAAGGAGGCUGAACCGAGUGUUACUACUUCUGAUGCAGUUGUUGACCUCAGUUUGUUGACAAACGUGCAACAUCUAGAACUUCCUAAGGAUCAGGGGGGUUUGGGCAUUGCCAUAAGUGAAGAAGAUACAGUCAGUGGGGUCAUCAUAAAGAGUCUAACAGAGCAUGGGGCAGCAGCCAAGGAUGGACGGCUGAAAGUUGGAGAUCAGAUCUUGGCUGUAGAUGAUGAAGUUGUUGUUGGCUAUCCUGUUGAAAAGUUUAUUAACCUUCUGAAAACAGCAAAGACAAAAGUGAAAUUGACGAUUCGUGCUGAGAAUCCAGACUCCCAGGCUACUACUUCAGGAAUUGGUACAGCCAACGGAGAGAAAAAGAGCAGCCCCCAGUCUCCAGCGGCCCCACCGUCUAGCUCUCCGGAACCAGAGCCCAUGCGAAGCACAAGCAGGUCGUCAACACCAGCAGUCUUUGCUUCUGAUCCUGCAACCUGCCCCAUCAUCCCAGGCUGUGAAACAACUAUUGAGAUUUCCAAAGGGCGGACAGGACUGGGCCUGAGCAUCGUUGGGGGGUCCGACACACUGCUGGGUGCCAUUAUUAUCCAUGAAGUUUAUGAGGAAGGAGCAGCAUGUAAAGAUGGAAGACUCUGGGCUGGAGAUCAGAUUUUAGAGGUAAAUGGAAUUGACCUGAGGAAGGCCACACAUGAUGAAGCAAUAAACGUCCUAAGACAAACACCACAAAGGGUGCGCCUGACGCUGUACAGAGAUGAGGCCCCAUACAAAGAGGAGGACGUGUACGACACCCUCUCCGUCGAGCUGCAGAAGAAGCCAGGCAAAGGCCUGGGGUUGAGUAUUGUUGGUAAAAGAAAUGAUACUGGAGUGUUUGUGUCCGAUGUUGUCAAAGGAGGCAUUGCAGAUGCUGAUGGGCGACUGCUACAGGGAGACCAGAUACUAAUGGUGAAUGGAGAAGACGUCCGUCAUGCAACACAGGAAGCUGUUGCGGCUCUGCUGAAGUGUUCCCUAGGCACAGUAACCUUGGAAGUUGGAAGAGUCAAAACUGGUCCAUUCCAUUCGGAGAGGAGACCUUCUCAAAGCAGCCAGAUGAGUGAAGCCAGCCUGUCCUCAUUCGCUUUUCCAUUUUCGGGAUCCGGUACAUCUGAGUUACUGGAAAGUAGUUCAAAGAAGAAUGCACCUGUGCACAUGUGUGUCUCUGUCCAAAACACAUCCUGUCCUUGUCUCAUUCAGAGUGGAGUAUGCAGUUGUAUAAGCGUGGCAUCUGAAAUACAGGGAUUAAGAACUGUUGAAAUUAAAAAGGGGCCCACUGACUCAUUGGGCAUCAGCAUUGCUGGAGGAGUGGGCAGUCCACUGGGUGAUGUUCCUGUAUUUAUUGCCAUGAUGCACCCGAAUGGAGUUGCAGCUCAGACGCAGAAACUCAGAGUUGGGGAUAGGAUUGUCACUAUCUGCGGCACAUCCACUGAGGGGAUGACUCACACCCAGGCAGUUAACUUACUGAAAAAUGCCUCUGGCUCCAUUGAAAUACAGGUGGUUGCUGGAGGAGAUGUGAGUGUGGUCACAGGUCAUCAACAGGAGCCUGCCAGUUCUAGUCUUUCUUCCACUGGGCUGACGUCAAGUAGUAUAUUUCAAGAUGACUUAGGGCCUCCUCAGUAUAAGUCUAUUACCCUAGACCGAGGACCAGAUGGCUUAGGCUUCAGUAUAGUAGGAGGAUAUGGCAGUCCUCAUGGAGACUUACCCAUUUACGUUAAAACAGUGUUUGCGAAGGGAGCAGCCUCCGAAGAUGGCCGUCUAAAGAGGGGUGAUCAGAUCAUUGCUGUCAAUGGGCAGAGUCUGGAAGGCGUAACCCAUGAAGAAGCCGUUGCCAUCCUUAAGCGGACAAAAGGCACUGUCACUUUGAUGGUUCUCUCCUGAAUUUGCUGCCAGAAUUGAGCCACUUCAACUUCUCCCUCACAUCCCACACUAUAAAGAGAGUGAUCCUGCACAUUCUUCCCAGGCUGUGUUCACUGGGCUCUUCAAUACUGUAGGAAAAAAAAUAACAUUUAAGUUUGUUUUGUCAUAUGGAAAUGAUUUUCUUACUGACACCCUAGCAUCACAUUCCCAUUCUCUUUAUAUUUUGUGAUGCAAACUCAAAGAGAAGGGCACUUUGUUUGCAUAGAUAAAGCUGGUCUUUCUUCCUGAAGAUACCUGACAUUUUAUAAUCAGGUGGGCAAAUUUUAAUGUGUGAUCAGUGGUUAGUAGAGAAAGAAAAAGUCACUCAAAAGCUAACUGAGGAGAAGUGGCUUCAUGAAAUUAAGGUGAAAAAUGAAAGUAUAAGGAAGAAAAUCUCGAGUUUUAUAAAAAUGUAUUUUGUUAAUCUACCUUCUCUCCCCACUUCUAACCAAGAAAAGUUGUACUGAAAGUCUUUAAAAAUUCUUUCAAUAUUUAAUUAUUUUAAAUAUUACUUACUAAACAUUGCAUCUCCUAGCUCUAAUAUAUAUAUAUAUAUAUAUAUAGUUUUCUCCAAAAAUGGGCUUCAUGAUUGAGUAAAAUAGCAGCAAUAGGAAUCAAUGUCCCUAAAUUGGUAAAGAAACCAUUUAUUGCACAUCUUGAGGUUCAUUUUCAUUUUUGAUGUCACCUUUCUAUAAGUAAAAUGAUGGCCUUGUCCUGUAUUGACUGUGGUUUCUCUAGAAAGCCUCCAUGCUAACCAUGCAGGAGCGUGGAAGGGUCUCUGAACUGUUAGUGCUGGUACUAAGGGAUGCUUUGCUGAAAAUGUGUCUGUGUGCUGUGCAAUUGGUUUUCAGUUAGUAUUAAUCUUAAUGACAGAGAAAAAAGCAAUGUGUUAGUAAUUAUUUUGGUUGUAUGCCAUUAGUAAAUUGAUAGAAAAAUUAAGGGGAUUAACAUAACUUAAUUUCAUUGCCUUAUAUUAACAUCUUAUAAUACAAUAGUUUAAGACUAAGGGAAACAGAUGGAACUGUUUAUUGAGACAACUGGUGAGGAAUUAUCAUGUGUUCAUUCCCAUUUUAGAGCAUGAAACUCCUACAUUAGAAUAUAUAAAGUCAUUUUGAAUAUUAUCUAUAUUUGUAACAAAAGUAGUGUACAGAUAUUUUAUUACAGCACUUUUGUGUAAAUGCAGAAUUGAAGUGAAUAAAUAAGUUUCAUGGUACACCAAAAAAAAAGGCAGGCAUAUUAUUUUUUGUUCUUUUCACUGGGAAAGAGCUUUAUUGUUCAAAAUUUGCAAUUUAAAAUUGGUUUUUAUCAUGUCUAACUGAACAUAUGGUGUCCAUAGUUACAGUUAGAGAAACUUUGGACAACUGCAUUAUGAAAAGCUCAAUGUUUUUUAUGCCCAGAUUUUUUAUGCUAAAGAUUCAUAAACUCUGCAUAGAGGAAGAAAACAGUAUUGAAGAAAGAGAGGUGUUGUGCCUGUAUGUGCUUUUCUGAAAUGCUAUGAGUGAAGCAGUGUUUUGAAUUGUUCUUUAGAGGGGUCAAAAAUUAAAGCAUGUUCAGACAGAAAAAGUCAUAAUGAAAAUUAUUCUUAAUAACAUGAGAAAUAUGAGUUGAACACUGAGCAAGGAAUUGGGGAACCUUUGUUCUGCCAGUUCUUUCCCUAAUUAGCUAAUGAACAUAUGCAUUCCCUCUGAUUUAUCUCCUGUGUGAAGUGAUAGGUUAUUUUAUCCCAAAUCUUACUGUCAAGUUCUAAAAUAUAAAAAUUCUGUGAUUCUUAGAUAUACAAAAUGAAUGGAUAGAGCUACAUGUUCCAAGAAUUCAGGAGAUAUUCUUCCCAACUAAGUCUUGUAAACUGAGAUACCUGGUGCUGCGAAAUGCAUUUCAGGAGCCCAGUGACACAGUCAACUUCUUAGUCGCCCAGGAAUGGCCCUUCAGCAUGAAGGCAUGUCAGGAUCCUCUCAUGGUUGGCCGCUGGAAGCUGAGCCACCCACUUUUAUGUUUUACGUAGCAGAGGUCUUAUGGAGGCCGCCCUGUGGCAUGCCCGAGGAAGGCUGUUGGCUUGAGUACGUGUGAGAGUGCUGCCGUGACAGCAGCCCAGUAGGUCACUGUGCUGUUCUGUGUAGCAUUGCCCCCAAAAUUACGUCUCCCAGGAACCUCAGAAUGUGACCUUAUUUCGAAACAGGGUAUUUGUAGAUGUAGUCAGUUCAGUUAAAAUGAAGUCAUGCUGGAUUAUAGUAGGCCCAAAGUCCUGACGAGAAGGCCAGGCAGAGACAGAAAGACAUAGAAGACCAUGUAAAGAUAGGGGGGAAAAAAACAAACAAAAAAUAUCUGCAGCCACCAGAAGCUCGAUGAGACUAGGAAGAAUUUUUCCCUGGAGUCUUCGGAGACACCUUGUCCCUUAAUUUCAGACAUCUGGCCUCCAGAACACUGAGAACAAAUUUCUGCUGUUUUAAACCACCUCAUGUGAAGUACUUUGCAAUGGAAACCCUAGGACACACUUAAUAGAGUAUCUUGGAUGUUUUUAUAUUCUUAGCUACCAUUGCUGUGCCUGGCAAAUAGGAGAGACUGUAUACAUUUUUAUUCAGUAUGUAGAUGGUUGAAUUAUAAGUUGUGGUUAAUUUCAUGGUAUUACCUUGUUUUAGUUAAGCUAGCUACGGCCUUUAUAUUGAAUUCAAAACAAAGCAGUGGAAAUGCCACUUAGGGGUGUGAAACACUAGAGGAAAGCGUCCCUCCUGAACUGCUAUUAAUUAACAAAGUCAAAGCGUGUGGACAUGAAGAGAAGGAGGGAAGAAAGGAAGGAAAAGAAGAUUUGAGAGGAAAAGAAUAUAGAUACAUCAGCAUUAGAGAAUGACAGAGGCUUAUGCUUCUUAUAUUAUUCCUUCUUGGAAACGUUAAGAUUUCUCGGUGGGGAAGGAAGAAAGUGUUUGAGCAAAGAGUUUGAAGACUUGAACAUUAUAGUAUUAAUGCCAAAUGCAACUCAAAACCUGUACAACUCAUGAUUGUGGCUUGCCUUUAAUAGGUUCAGUAUAUUUGCUUGUGUGAUUAAAUCACAUCGAUGAAUGCCAGACGUUUCUGGUUUCUUUGUGACAUCCUCUGAAUGAUGAUGAUGGUGAAAAUGAUGAUGUGUUUAAUUUCAACAUCUACUGAUACAUAGCAGCUGAUGUUGCAGUGUGGUGUAGCAAGUCAGUAGAACCCAUUUAUCAGAAUAGUGAUGGAAUUGGAAAUAUGAAAGAUUAAAAUUCAUGAAAGACAAGAAAAAGAUCUUUUUCUCCCAUUUUAAGGCUCUUGAUAAAGCAGGUUUUGAUUGAUUCAAAGAAGCAAAGGAAGCUCUUCCCUGCUCUGAGAUUACUGUGCCAAGCUGCCUUAGAUCUGGUCAUCUAGCUUACUGUCUGAGAAUGCCAGACGGUGAUUUAGUGCCUUUCUUCAGAUCUCCAUCAUGGUGAGUGGAGAAGUUGAAAGGAUGCCUGCAGGGAGACAAGAAUCAAUAAGCUUUUGAGGUCUAGGUGUGGAAAUGUCAAAACUAUCAUCACCUGCUUUCAGCAGCCCUGGUGUGUUGUUUCGUGUCAGUGACAAGUAUUCUGGAAUGCAUUUGAUUUGUGCAAAGAUGUUCCUCAACUUUGUCUACCAAAAAGUAAUGUUUAACUUUGACUCUUCCUAAAGGGAGUUAUUUUAUUUUUAUGGCAGGAUUGGACUCUGUUACCUCAAGGAAAGAAAAAAUGUUGGCGGCAGGACCAUUUCUAAAUGAAGUGUGUGGAGACUAGGAAAGCAAAUGUGGUUACUAUGAUUUUUGUAAAAUUGACCUUGCAGCUUUUUGCCUUCAAAAUACAGUUCCUCCAGUUUAUGUAAAUUAGAAAAAAAUUUUAUCAUUUUUCUAAAUUUUAUUUAGCAUUCAAGUACUGGUAAGUUCAGUCAUAGGCCCUACAAAGGAAUUCUUUCAAGACAGUGACAGACGAAUGGUAAUGACCUCAGAAUUCUCUCACUGAAAAUGUUUCUUGAUGUUUCAAAAAAAAUUACAACCAUCAUCAAAAAGGCAGCUUCUAAGAGGGUGCUUUAACUUGUUCAUUUAAUAAAGGACAUUUUUUGGAAA